AUGCAACACACAGCUGAGGUCAUUAUUGUUGGGGCUGGGUUAUCUGGCCUGCAAGCCGCACAUUCACUCAGGGAGACUGGAAUCACGACAGUUGUUCUCGAGGCCCGGUCCCGCGUCGGUGGAAAGACUUGGAGUGUUUCCCAUGAACAUAGAAACGGUGUCGGAGUUGCAGACUUGGGUGGAGAGUGGCUUAACCAAACGACACAGCCACGAGUGUACCAGCUCGCGGAGAAACUGGGACUUGAGUUUAACGAUGUCAAUGUACAGGGCGAUUCCAUCUUGGAAAGCUUCAAUCAUGAGAUGAUUAGACAUGCUUACGGUGAACAAGCUGUGCUCCCAGAUGGCGAAGCGGAAGUGAUUAAACGAAUGAAGGAAAUGUUCGAGGAAGAGUAUAGUGCACUAGACCUUGAAAAGCUUGACGGCUGCCCUCAUGAUGAAGUGACCCUCGAGGAAUUUGUUUGCAGUCGUAGUGGCAGCCUCGUCACGCUGGCUAACGUUGCUGUAUGGACACGGGUCAUGCUAGGCUGCGAGCCUAGCGAGCUAAGUGCAGCAUAUUUUUUCGUCUACUGCAAGAGUCAGGGUGGACUCAUGAAGAUGAGGUCGGCCAAAAUGCAGGGCAAAUACGUUACCAUCAAGACAGGAACACAAUCUAUCUCUGAGGGUCUUGCGCAAUCGUUGCCAGCUAACAGCGUAAAGCUGAAUACUGCUGUAACGUCAAUCGCGCAGAACGAGCAUGGCGUAGAGGUGUUUAGCGUUGAUGGUCGCAUAUUCCGUGGGCAAAAGGUCAUUUUAGCCUUCUCAACUCCGCUUUAUCAGAAGUUGACGUUUGUGCCAACGCUGCCUCCUAGAAAGGCGCUCCUUGCUCGUUCAACAAGGCUGGGUUAUUAUACCAAGGUCCUGGUGACAUACAGCCGGCCAUGGUGGAGAGAGAACGGCCUCAGCGGAGCAUCCCAAUCCUUCUGUGGCCCCGCAGCAGCGACGCGAGAUACAAGUGAAGACUCCAUAUCCUUGUUUCGCCUUACCAGCUUCAUCGCUGGUGCUCCAGGGGAAGAAUGGUCACGACUGAGCGCCCCUGGGAGACAAAGGGCCGCCCUGGUCCAGCUAGCCAAGCUCUUUGGCAGCACCGACGCCCUUCAGCCAGCAGAGUACAUCGAACAGCAGUGGUCGUCUGAGGAGUGGAGCCUGGGUUGCCCAUGCCCCUACACACCACCAGGGGUACUGGCGAAGGUUGGUAGCUGCCUCACGGAGCCCUUUGGGCACAUUCACUUUGCUGGCACCGAGACUGCCAUGGAAUGGAAGGGAUAUAUGGAGGGUGCAUUGGAGUCCGGAAGCAGGGAAGCAGAAGAGGUAACGAAGCAGCUUCGACCAAUGUGUAGAAUAUAA